ACCCACUGCGCGCAUCGUCAUCUGUAGUAGCUGUCAGGCAAAGCCUAUCAAUGCUUCCCUGGUCAUCGCGCCAACCACGUGCACAUGCUGGCCGCGACUGUUCACCACGGUGCACGACUCCCACGCCUUGAACGACCCUUAGUACGAGCGAAAAAGUGGUUGAAAUUCGUCUCAUCUAUUCAAACAGGUCCUCUAUCUUCCGCCUGUAAUUGUAGCAGUGUCAAGACGUACAACUUGCGUCGCUUUUUGUUCGCCAAUGUGUUCACUGAUUCCGAGAUUGUAUGCAACAACUUCAGGGUCAUAAGGCGCCCGUCCAGAAAUCUGGACACCGUGGUAACGCUCACUUCUACGUCCUAUUCUGUUUCCAGCCUCAGACGAAGAGUGGAUAGGGUAACGGUGAGCUCUUCCUAUAUCUAUUCUGUCAGAGACCGGGGACGAGCCCCGUGUUGCCCCUCAGCUCCGCUGAUUCCAACAUGCGUAUCCAACUGCGACACGUGUUCGCGUUCAACUGCAGCAAGGAAGCAACGGUUUUCCAAUCCUCCCCUUCCUCAUACGCCUUCAGUAUUCUUUUCUGCACGCACUCACCUCGUCGCCGCAUUCUGUGUGCAUGAAGUGAACGUCCAAAGACCAACUGUUUAACUCUGUAGUCUCCGUCCCUUUUAUUGCCAUCAAAUGGAUCAAGUAUGAGGCCCCAGGAUACGUUGUUGUCAUGGAGGUUGGACCGCUGACUAUCAUGGUGCAUUCUAGCAGGCCCCAGCCUAAGGACGUCACACGAUUUUGUGAAGGCUGUGUGGAUAACACGGCUUGCUACUCAACAUACGAUAACACGGCUGAGUCAUGCCGAAAGCUGAUGACAUCAAAUCGACAUCAUCGCAUGGCUGCUAUCACGCGGACGUCAUCCUACCUACAGACAGACAGUCAAGACCCAUACCAAGGUCAAACCUGUCCAGACAAGAGAUGCGAUUCACCUGUGACAGACCCUCGAAGUAACAGCAUGAGACCUAUAAACGUAACCGUGUUCUGUUCCUAAUAUACUUCGGUC